CAAAUACAAAGGUUUAUUGUUUAUAGUCGUUUCUCUUUGUUUAAACAAUUUUUGCAUUUUUCGGUUUCUGAAGCAACGGAAACAAGUAACUGUUUUCAUUUUCAGAACGUCAAUUUGUGUUAAUCACCAGAAAAAAAGAUGUUAUGUGUUUUAAACCAGAAUAAACAACUGUCAGAAGCCACAAAAAUUGCAGAAUUUUUAACAUUUCCAGCUUCAGAUUUUAACAUGGAUUUUUCUGAAAGUGACAGAAGAGAAGCAAAGAAUUUUGUAGAAUUUUACAUAGAUAAAAUUGAAAAUCAUCGCAACUACUUUAGGUAUUAUCUUUCCGAAGACGUGAUAUUAGAUUGGUUUGGUCAAACGAUCAAAGGCGAAAAAAAUGUUGUGGCUUUUCUCAAAAAGACGAUAACUUCAGUAAAUCAUUUAUUAUCAGACGCUGUACCAGUGAAGAGCAUAGGUUUCAAAGAUACUCAUAAAGUUAAAAUUCCAAAGGACCAAAAGGCCAUUCCUUUUGCACUUUUGAGUCCUCCAAGGACAAUGUUACUGAAAACAGAAACCAAAACCCCUAAAAAACAACCUUUACCUUCGACAAGUUUUUAUAAUAAUAAUAACAACAACCAGAGAGAGCUCAGGAGCAAGUAUCAUAGAGAAAAAGGACAGGGUGAUGGAUUUGAUAAUACAACAGAUAUACCUACUUCACCGCUCAAAAAAAUCAAAACCUCCGACGUGGAAUUCGUAGAAAAUCUCGAAACGUUGGAAAGCGAAUGCGAUUGUACGGAAAGCACCCAAAAAUUGAAGUACGUCGUAUCUGAAGGCUGCGUCGAGUUCCACAAACCGAGUUUAAAGAAGUACCAAUCGGAAACAAAAUGGCGGCGACCGUGUAAAAUGAGUGUCGCGUAUACCGCCGUAGACUCUAACGAUUAUACGAUCUAUUUGAUUAUUUAUGAAGGUAACAUGAAAUGUAGGAGAAAUUUGAUGAAGGACUUUGAGGCCGAAGAGCCAGGGCAUUAAGUUUUUAUAAUUCUAACGAAAGCAUAGAUUGGUCUAUAUUGAAACGAUUCGAUGUUUCAUGAUGAAAAUAGAUGUUUAGACUAAUAUAACUCUUCUGUGCUUUCUAUUUACAUAUUUAGUGAUUCUUUAAUUCGAUAAUUUAUGUGAAAUUUCAUCUUUAUAAUAUAAUUAUACUAUAUUUGAUAAAUCCUUAACCAAGAUGUGUACACAAUUGAAAAAAAGGUAAUUUUUAUAAGGCGUACUAUUUAUCUAGUUGGACUAGACGUAAAUGUGAGUUAUAUUGUUGGUUUUAGUCCUAUUAUGUGCAAUUAUUUAUAAAACUAUAAUUAAAAAAGUAUAUGUAUACAUUUUUUGUUAACUUUAUAUUAUUUUUAUGUGUAUUGGUCUAAAUGAAGAAAGAUAAUAAAUAGGCCCAGUCACUUUUAUUUCUGAACUUGUAUUAAUCCUAUAUUUACACCCUUUUGUCUUCUAGUACUUUUGCUCAUAAGAUAUUUUAGCUAGUAAUAACAAUUGCAUCAAAUUCUUUCAGUGAAUCAUUAUGUUGGAAAAUCUCUAAUUCCCUUUACCCCUCCUAUCGGUUAAUGGCUAAAUAAGUCGUGGCAGAAAUAUAAUAUACUUUUUCUGACUAGGUAUGUUAUCAACUAGACCCAUUAUUAAAAAAUACACCCGAUAAGUUAAUUGCCUUCGAUUAUCGAUGGUGCAAAAUUUAUUAGUAGCAAAACUGGAGGGAUUCAAUCAAAAAUCAAAGAGAUCUAUAAAAAUGCACAUUUCGUGCACUGUUGCGCCUAUUAAUUUAAUGUAUGCAAAAAGCUACAAUCCCAAAUACUAACUCUCUGGAAUUCCAAGUUUUUUUUUUUUUUUUUUCAUUUUAACAAUUAGAUUUUGUUGG